CAAACACUUUUGGAGCAGUGGUAGCGAGCUAUGAAGUUCAUUGGCAUAAUAUUUCUGGUCGGCGUUGGCCAAUUGGCCACCAUCGAGGCGCUCAGCUUCACCGUAACCUCAAAAAUAUAUAUGGAUGUUAAGCAGAAUAGGCAGCCACUGGGUCGGAUCACCUUUGGCCUUUUCGGCAAACUGGCCCCCAAAGCUGCUGCCAACUUUCGACACAUCUGCUUGCGCGGCAUCAACGGAACCAGUUAUGUGGGCUCCAAGUUCCAUCGGAUUGUGGAUCGCUUUCUGGUGCAAGGUGGAGACAUAGUCAAUGGAGAUGGCACCGGUUCGACGAGCAUCUAUGGUGAUUUCUUUCCGGAUGAGGGGCUCAAUGUCGAGCACAAUCGUCCCGGCUAUCUGGGUAUGGCAAAUCGUGGACCCAACACCAAUGGCUGCCAGUUUUAUGUGACUACCGUGGCGGCUGCCUGGCUGAAUGGAAAGCAUACAGUAUUUGGCAAAGUAUUGGACGGCAUGGACACUAUCUAUGCCAUCGAAGACGUCAAAACGGACACUGACGACUUCCCCAUAGAGCCCGUGGUUAUUUCCAAUUGUGGCGAGAUGCCCACUGAACCCUUCGAAUACUAUCCCGACGACUAUAAUAUACUGGGCUGGAUUAAGGCGGCAGGACUACCAGUGACGAGCUCCUUUAUUGUGUUGCUCAUUUUCCACUACUUCUUCAGACAACUCAAUAUGUAUUGCUGAUGAGGUCACCUGUUCAUUGUAAACCUAUUUUUGCACAUAAAAUUAAAUAAUAUUUUAAUAAAAAACCCACGAAGUAUUCUAACAGUUUUAUAAAUUAAUUCUAAAACCUUUUAUUCAAAACUUAAUAAGUUGAAGAACUCCUUAAAUAUAUUUAAAAGAAUUCAAAAUAUCUGGAAGAUAUUUAAGAAAUAAUUCCAAAAUUUCCUAUUUCAAAGAUUU